AACCUUUUUGCAUCUUGUUUGACAAAUGAACAUUGUUCAAAAUGAAAACAAUGCUGUCCUACCUUCUGCUAAUGUUUAUUCCAGUGUUAAUAUCUUCUGAAUUAAUUUUAACAGAACCAGAGCACCAUAAGAAAAGCACCAACAGCAAUGGCAUAAAACAUCGGAGGGAGCUUGAAAUCUACAGCAUGAAGAUUGAUUCCAAAGUAACCUCACGGUUUGCUCACAAUGUGAUAAUUAGCCGAGUGGUAAAUCGAGCUAAUGUGUCAAAGGAAGCCUUCUUUGAGAUAGAACUCCCAAAAACAGCCUUCAUCACCAACUUCAGCAUGACUCUGGAUGGAAUAACGUAUGUGGGAGCUGUGAAAGAGAAAGAAGUUGCCCAGAAACAGUAUCAAAAAGCUGUUUCACAGGGACAGACUGCAGGGCUUGUAAAGGCAUCCGGAAGAAAACUGGAGAAGUUCAAAGUUUCAGUAAAUAUUGGACCAACCAAAAAGGUCACAUUCGAACUAACUUACGAAGAAUUAUUAAAACGUAACCUGGGAAAAUAUGAAAUGAAUAUCAGAGUGAACCCCAAGCAGCUUGUCAAUCACUUCCAGAUUGAUAUACAUAUUUUUGAACCACAAGGCAUUUCUUUUCUGGAUGUUGAUUCCGAUUUCCUAAUAAAUAAUCUGACUUCUCUCGUGGAGAAGACUGUGAGAGGAACAAAGGCACACGUCUCCUUCAAACCAACACCUGAGCAACAGCGCAAGUGCCCUGAUUGUCAGGACACGGUUCUGGAUGGAAACUUCAUCAUACGUUAUGACGUCAAUAGAGAUCUGUCUGCCGGCAGCAUUCAGAUUGUAAAUGGAUAUUUUGUACACCAUUUUGCGCCUGCUAACUUAAACAGGAUUCCAAAGAAUGUUGUAUUUGUGAUAGACCACAGUGGAUCCAUGUCAGGAAUGAAAAUGCAACAGACAAUUGAAGCUUUUCUAAAAAUUUUGGGUGAUAUGGAUGAAGAGGAUGGUUUUGGCAUCAUUAUAUUUGAUCAUGAUGUGCUUACAUGGAAAAAUACCAUAUUCCAAGCAACUCCAGAGAAUGUAAAGGAAGCUAAGGAUUUUGUAAAAACUAUCCGAGCGCAGGGAGCAACAAACAUAAAUGAUCCCAUGCUGGAGGCAGUCAGACUUCUGGACAGGGCUCAUCAGAAAAAGCAGCUGCCUGAGAGAAGCGUCUCCAUGAUUAUUUUGUUAACUGAUGGGGAUCCAAAUACUGGAGAGUCAAACCCAUCAAAAAUUCAGCAAAAUGUUAAAAGUGCUAUAAAGGAUAGAUAUAAUGUAUAUGCCCUUGGCUUUGGUUAUGAUGUUAAAUUCAGCUUUCUGGAGAAAUUGGCUCUGGAUAAUAAUGGCAUAGCACGGCGGAUUUAUGAGGACUCGGAUGCUCCCCUGCAGCUCCAGGGAUUCUAUGAGGAAGUGGCAAAUCCCUUGCUUUUAGAUAUCGAAUUGCAAUACCCAGAAAAUGGCAUUUCUGAUUUAACUCAGGCCAGUUUCAGACAGCAUUUUGAUGGGUCAGAAAUUGUAGUGGCUGGCAAGAUUUCAGACAAUAGUUUACAAUUACUCACAGCAGAGAUCAAUGCUAAAACAGCCUCUGAAAACCUGACUUUUAAAGCUGGUGUGAACAUCUCAGAGGCUGAGAAUAUUAUUCAACAACAGCAAUAUAUUUUUGGUGACUUUACUGAGCGUCUAUGGGCUUACCUGACCAUACAACAACUCCUAGAGCAGCGGGUUUCUGCAGCUGGAGAGGAAAAGAACAAUCUAACAAGUAGAAUUCUGGAACUUUCACUGAAAUACAACUUUGUUACUCCACUAACGUCAAUGGUUGUAACAAAACCAGAGGAAAACAAGAAUGACACCUUUGUGGCUGACAAACCAUUGGAAGACGUGAAACCAUCCCAACCACAAAGAUCAUACGCUCCUCCAGCACUUAGAGCGCCUCCCUCCUACACAUAUGUUGACAGUGAUCCUCAUUUUAUCAUUUCCGCCAACAACCAUAAUGAUGCUGUAUGUUUCAACAUUAAUGGGAAGCCUGGUUCGGUUCUCAAUCUGAUCUCAGAUCCUUAUACAGGUUUUGUGGUAAAUGGCCAAUUGAUAGGAGAUAAGAAAAUAGAAAACAACAAGAAAAUAAAUACCUACUUUGGAAGAUUUGGAAUUAUGAACAGCAACAUGGAUAUAAAAUUUGAAGUAUCGACUGAAGCAAUCACAGUGUUUCAUAGAAAAGAGAAGAUGAUUUUCCCGUGGUCAGCAACAGCAUCUAUAAUGAAACAGAGCUUCUCAAUCUCAAUCGCAAAAGAAAAGAAUGUCACAGUGACAAUUGGAGACGAUGCGACAUUUGUUAUUUUAUUGCACCGUGUCUGGAAAUACCACCCUCUACACAGGGACUUCCUUGGGUUUUACACACUUGAGGGUCACCAACUCUCAAAUAUGACCCAUGGAUUACUGGGUCAGUUCUACGGUGGAGUGAGUGCUGAGAUAUAUAAUAUCCACCCUGGCUUAGAUGAAGGAAAACCUGAUGCAACAAUGAUUGUGAAGGGUCAUAAAUUAAGAGUCACAAGGGGGUACCAGAGAGAUUUCAGACUCAAUCCAAAGCAAGGUAUCAGAAUUCCAUGCUGGUUUAUCCACUACAAUGGAAAAGGAUUCAUUGAUGGGACACCUACUGAUUAUGUUCUUUCUUCAUUAUUUGAUUCUGUUUAUCCAAGAUUUGAGAGCGGGUGGUGAAAAUGUAUCCCUUUGGUAUCCCUUUCCUAGCUUAAUUGUUCAAUUAUUACACACUAAAAAUCAUACUACUCUUUCCAUUAUAAAACCCUGCAUUAAUUUACAGUAGAAUCUGCAGAUCUAGCUGGUGAGUGUCAAGCAUGGCACCAGAUGACAAAAGGUCUGCUCCAAUUCACAUCCAGUCGCUGACUGGCCACCCAGAUGACCUGUCCAGGUACCUCCUGCCUCACCUCCAUUCAGGGCCCCAAACAGUCCUUCCCACUGAGGCAAAACUUCACCUGCAAACCUGCUGGGCUCAUCAAUUAUGUCCAGUGCCCCCGAUGUGGCCUUCUCUACAUUGGUGAGACCUGCCAUAAAUUGGGGGACCACCUCAUUGAGCACCUCAGUGCCAUCUGCUGCAAGCAGGACUUCCCAAUGGCUAAAGAUUUUAAUUCUGCUUUCCAUUCCCAUUUGGACAUGUCAGUCCCUGGGCUCUGCUUGUGCCAGGAAUCCCUAGGUCCUUUCCUUCUUCCCUUUCUCCUCUGGUCAACUCUCCUCUCCUAUCAGAUUCCUUCCCUUUCUCCUCUGGUCAACUCUCCUCUCCUAUCAGAUUAAUUCCCUUUCCCCUCUGGUCAACUCUCCUCUCCUAUCAGAUUCCUUCCCUUUCCCCUCUGGUCAACUCUCCUCUCCUAUCAAAUUCCUUCUUCUCCAGCCUUAGACCUUUCCCACCCACCUGGCGCCACCUAUCACUUUCCAGCUAGCCUUCUUCCCCUCCCCCCACCUUUUUAUUCUGGAAUCUUCCCCCUUCCUUCUCAGACUUGAAGAAGGGUCUCAGCUCGAAACGUGGACUAUUUAUUCAUUCCUGUAGAUGCCACCUGACCUGCUGAGUUCCUCCAGCAACUUGCAUGUGCUGCUUUGGAUUUCCAGCAUCUGCAGACUUUUUCGUGCUUAUUACUUAUUAUGAUGCAGAAGGAGGUCUUUUGGCCCGAUGUGUCCAUGUUGACUCUCAGAAGUGCCAUCCCUUGGGACAAUUCACCUUUCAUUAUUUCUACAUUUCUCACAUCUCUUACGAUUUAUUUACCACUUACACACAUGGAGUAUGGAUUUGGGUUAUUGGAGGACACCCAAUGAGCUUGAUGGAAACCCGUGCAAUUAAAAGGAGAACGUGUAAAGUUCACACAUACAGCACCUGAAGUCAGGACUGAAAGAGAAUUGGCAGGUGAACUGCUUCAGCCCCAAACCCUCCCCAACACACACACACAGACUCACACCCUGCAACACACACACGCACACCCUGCCACACACACACGCACCCUGCCACAUACACACGCACAGACUCACACCCUGCAACACACACACGCGCACCCUGCCACACACACGCGUGCACCCUGCCACAUACACACACGCGCACACCCUGCCACACACACACACACACACACACACACACACACACGUACCCUGCCACACACUUGCGUGCACCCUGACGUGCAUGCGCACGCACCUUGCAUCACACCCUGCCACACACAGUGAGCUAUGGUACUGACACUGCUCUGUAUAGCUAAAGAUUCUGUACACAAUCAAGUAAAACACACAACUCUGGAAUAGAUACUCUUACACAGAGAAAUGAAUAAAUUAAGCUUAUUCCUUUAAUUUCUAUAUAUGUAUAUUGUUCUUGCUGCUUUGUUUGUGUUUUCUGAUCUUCCAUUAAAUUGACUUCUAUGUUCCAAAA